GGUUAACGUCACAGCGGAUGGCACUCUUGUAACCAGAACAACAUUUGCGCCCACAGAAGUCAUGUCGACAUAUUUGUUGGCAUUUAUUGUCAGCGAUUUCGGCUUCAUUGAACAAAACACUGAUAAACUGCAGAUCCGAAUUUUUGCCCGUCAAGAAGCCAUAAAUGCAGGACAAGGGGAGUAUGCACUCAAUGUGACUGGACCAAUUCUCAAAUUCUUUGAGAAAUAUUACAAUGUCCCCUAUCCGCUGCCCAAAUCAGAUCAAAUCGCUCUGCCAGACUUCAACGCUGGUGCAAUGGAAAACUGGGGCUUAAUCACAUACAGAGAGACAGCCUUGCUGUACGAUGAAGAAAUAUCCUCCAAUGGAAACAAAGAGAGUAUCGUUACUAUUAUUGCCCAUGAACUUGCCCAUCAGUGGUUUGGAAAUCUUGUGACUCUCAGGUGGUGGAAUGACCUGUGGCUCAAUGAAGGUUUUGCAUCUUAUGUAGAAUAUCUUGGAGCAGAUGAUGCUGAGCCGGAUUGGAAUGUUAAAGAUUUGAUCGUUCUUAAUGAUGUGCACCGAGUUUUCGCCAUAGAUGCAUUGGCCUCAUCUCACCCCUUGUCGUUUAAAGAAGAGGAGAUCCAAAGACCAGAGCAAAUCAACGAAGUGUUUGAUACGAUUUCCUACAGUAAGGGGGCGUCAGUACUUAGGAUGUUAUCGGAUUUUCUGACUGAGACAGUGUUUACCCAAGGCCUCCAGACUUACCUGGACUAUUUUAAAUUCAGCAACACAGUGUAUACAGACCUUUGGCACCAUCUUCAACUGGCUGUGAACGGCACCGGCACCAGUCUUCCCAAGUCUGUGCAAGAGAUUAUGGACCGCUGGGUUCUUCAAAUGGGCUUCCCCGUGGUCACUAUUAACACUACAACUGGCCAGAUCACACAGGAGCACUUCCUCCUGGACCCUGAAUCUAAACCAGACAGGACAUCAGAAUUUAAUUAUGAGUGGUUUGUACCAAUUUCAUGGACAAAGAAAGAAGUAGCACAACCCCUAUAUUGGCUGCUAAAGAAAACUGGUGAGUUUUAAGAUGACA